AGCGUUUUACCUUCGAAAGCGGCGACAGUACGUUUGUUAUACUCGCGAACGCUGGAAGUUUAUAACUUUGUUCCAAGUACGCAGCUUUUUUCGUUACGUCGACUCGUCGAGUGAAUAUAUCGUGAGAAUUUUAUUCUUUAUUUUCACACGAUUAUGGUGAUCUAACUUUCGAGCACUCAUUCAAGCCCAUCAUCGAUCGCUGAAAACACAUUUCAUCGUGCAACAGCUUUGGCGCGAAAGGCCAGCACGCGUAUUUCAAGAUGAAGAUGAGCAAAGUAGGCAACCAGACAAACUCGCAAGACCCGCAGGCGGUCAAUUCGCGAAUAUUCGUAGGCAAUCUGAACACCUUCCAGUGCAGUAAAACAGACGUCGAAAGAAUGUUCCAACGAUACGGCCGUUUGGCAGGUAUCUCUAUGCAUAAAGGAUUCGCUUUUAUACAAUUUACAAAUCCAUUCGACGCUCGAAGUGCAUGUCUCGGAGAAGAUGGCCGGACAGUUCUGGGGCAAACAUUGGAUGUGAAUUUAGUCGCCGAACCGAAACCUCAUCAGAUUGGUAGAAAAAGACCAAAUUUGGGCAAAACAGGAAACGAUUGGGACUACUUCUACGACAGCUAUUAUGCGUCGGUUUUCCCGUCGUUACGAGUUCCUCAUCCGCCAUCUUCGAAACGAGCCCGUCUAAUGUUAACCAAUCCCGGGAGACCGCAGAUAAUAGCACAGCUACCGCGUAAACAAUCGCCAACGCUGACCCAUCAACAGCAACCGCAACAGCAGCAACCGCAGCAGCAGCAGCAGCAACAACAACAACAACAGCAGCAGCAGCAACAGCAACAGAUACAACAGAACCAUCUCCAAGAAGAACUACCCUAUAUCAUUUCACAGCUCAAAACUUACAGUAAUCCAGACGUACUAAUUUGCGGAAAUUGUCGAGAAUUAUUCUCCGAACUGGAGGAACUGCUGCAGCAUAAGAAAAGUUAUUGUAAAUUGAGAUUCACCUGUAAAUGUAACAACGUCGCUUUGGCCAAUUUCUCAGACAAAAACGGUAGCGAAGAUAAGAUCUCUUUAUUAUGCGUCGAAUGUAAAGACUCGUUCGACAGCGCGUGGGAUCUAAUCGUACACGUCCAAGCCGCCCAUAUGAUGAAUGUCUACGAGCUGGGUACUCCUAAAUCAAAAACUGAUCAACUUUCACCGCGAUCUAGCGAGCACGCAGCUGAGAACGGAUUUUCAGAUACCAAAUCAGAAAACGAAAAAGCCAAUUCUGACUCGGAAGGUCAAUCACCUGGAAAUCUCAAUCAAAAUAAUAAUUCGAGCAUCCGAAAUCUCGGAAACUGUUUCAUGUUGAGCGAUAAAUCAGUCGUGUACACAACUGUCUCCAGCGAAAGCCAGUGAAUGUUUCUUUUCUUUCUUUCUUUCUUUCUUUUUUUUCUAUAGUUUAUAGUGUGUAAAACGUUAUUGUUAUUAUUUUUUCCUCUUUCAUUUUCUCCUUUUUUAUAUAAAACAAAAAAAAAAGUUUGAUAAAUAUACAUAAAAAAUAAGCUUUUUAUAAAUGAAUCACACUUUCAUCAAUUAUAUUGCACUUUACUCCGUGCACCUUUUAAUUAAAUCUAUGUUAUGUUUUGGUGUUUA